GAAUGGACGAGCAAUAGCAACAGCCUGGAAGGUCAUAAUAGGCCUGCCUCAGAUUGAAUUCUCUAGCGGUAGCAUGGCAGCAGCGUUCCUAGAUGGGAAGGAUGCAAACUCUCUCCUCAAACGUUUUCCACGGGCUAAUGGCUUUCUGGAGGAGUUCCGGCAGGACAACAUUGAGAGGGAGUGCGCUGAGGAGAGCUGCAGCUUUGAAGAGGCCAAUGAAGUGUUUGAAAACAAGGAGCGAACGAUGGAGUUCUGGAAGAACCGCAGCAUCUUUACAGUGAACAGCAAUGCUGAUUCACGCUCAGAGCAUCAGGACACUGUGUACAUGGUGGUGCCACUACUGGGCGUGGCCCUUCUCAUUAUCAUUGCACUCUUCCUUAUCUGGCGUUGUCAACUGCAGAAGGCCACGCGUCGGCGUCCAGCCUACACCCAGAAUCGUUAUCUGGCCAACCGGAACACCCGCAGCCUUCCACGCAUCCUGGUGCACCAUGACCCACCCUCGCAUUCAGACUCCCAUGCCAGUGACAGGCCUAGUGUGGUAGUCAGCGGUGUGGAGAGGGGCAGAGCUUCUGUUACGACCCAAGACGCCCAUCACCACACUAACCACUCUCAGAACAAUCGCUCCUUGUAUGUACAAGAUUCGUCUUUGUCAGUAGCUUCACACUUGUCUGGGGCGACCCCACCACCAUCAUAUGAGGAAGUCACUGGCCACUUAGAAAGCAGCAGCGAUGAGACUACUGCCUCCUACAGUGAUCCUCCGCCCAAAUAUGAGGAGAUUGUUCUAGAAAAGUAAGAGCUUUCGUAAAUAGGUACACAUGAUGGUAUGUCUCGCCACCACAUGUUAGAGAACAUUCAAUGUGAUGCACCGGUUCCUAAGCACUUAUCCUAAUGUGGGUCUCACGUGCGGGCUAUGUAUUUGACCUCCUGAGUUUUCGUGAGCUGUUGCCUUGUGCUGUUGAUCGGUAUGUGGACUGCAUAGUAAAAUGUGGUCCUUUUUAUGAAAUUGCAUCCCCAAAGUUGCAUCUUCUGCCUUCACAUUUGUCCAUGCACCACUUCACUUUUUCUCUGACCUUUCUCCAGUUGCAUAACGUGGAUCUUACAGGCUCCAGUGCAAAGAAAGCACCUGUUGGGCACCCCUAUUAUCACGUUUUGGGGGGGGGGGUCAUGACAGUGUUCAUUCUCUCCAUCAGACAAUUAUCAUUUUCAUUGUUCACUUUCCAGUGGCCCCCGGGCCCCAGUGUGGCUGCACACCCUGCACUACCUGUAGUUAUGCCACUGCCUUUCACACAUCAAAGCACGAUUCUCGUGAAUCUGGCUUCAGUUGCUAAUAAUGAAGAACAAAAUAUUUAAAAGGAAGAGAGAAAGAUAUAUAUCCCUUAUUGAGAGUUUCCAAGCUUCCUUUGUGCCAAAUCAUAAUUGCAAUUUGCAAGUUGGGUAUGAAGCUUCAGAGUCUGCUAGCAAAUGAAAGGAGAAUUCACGUCAUAUGCCAAAUAUAAUUGUUGUAUCGUAGGAAAGAUCAGACAGUCAGUAUGUUUACAUGCACAUUAAAAGUCAGACUAAAACAAUAAUUUGUCUUUUUGAAAUGUGAUGUAAAUGCUUUAGCUCUAUGGAAAACAUACCAGUUUGAUUAUUGUGAAGUCGGACUAACUGACCUAGAUAAUACAACUGUAGCUCGGCUUCAUCCAGCAUGUACUGUAUAUAUGUUAAAGGAAUAUUCAAUUCAAGUUAUGCUCAAUCAACAGCAAUUUUGCCAUAAUAUUGAUUACCACAAAAAUACAUUUUGACUCAUCACUCCUUUUCUUUUGAAAAAAGAAAAAAUCUGGGUUCCAGUGAGGCACUCAAUAUGGAAGGGAAUGCGGCCAAUGCGUAAACGUUAAAAUAACCACUGUUUUAAAAGUAUAGCCACAAGACAUAAACAAUAUGUGUGUUAACAUGAUUUUAGUGUGAUAAAAUUACUUAUGAACCUUUUCUGUGUAGUUACAACCAAUUUUACAACUUCGUUGCCAUGAUGAUGUA